AUGGUAUGUCCAAUGAGCACGCUCAAGUUCGUGGGCACAGUGUCCCUCGGCUUGCUCACGGGCGUUUCCUAUUCUCUCUCCACCAUCACUCUCCCCUCCCUCGCAGUCCUCCCCUCUGCUGCCCGGGCCGCCCGCGCUCUUGCAACCAUCCAGGAGCGAGCUACUCGACGCAUCUUGACCCUCGCAUCUGUCUCGUCGAUAUCACUCGUCACUUGCUACACCCUCGCCUCUCCACGUGGGAAGCAUCCCUACCUACUAUGGACAGCUCUUGUUGGUCUUAUCGGUGGGCAGGGCGUUGAGUACUGGUUCAACGGCUGGACUAGGUUCACACUCAAGCGGCAAUCGAAAGAGACUGGCUACGUUGAGGUAGAGUCAAGUGAGAUCAACGGAGAGAAGGUUGAGGCCGAGAUGGCACGGGAAGUGCGGACACAGAACGUAAGAACUGCUGUGAGUUUGGUCGGCUUUCUGAUGGGUGUGGUUGGUAUUUGGGGCGAUGGAGCUUGA